AUGCACAAAUCGGUGGUGCGGCGGUACCUCAAGUACCUGCAGCACCAUCAGGCCCCCGCGACUCCAAGCACCGUAGCUGCCUUCCUGUAUACGCUGGACAUCAGCCCUUCCAGCGCACUACAGUACUACGGUAUUCUGCACCGGUUCCUGGCGAAACCGCUCGACCUUGACCAGAUGUUUGCCGAGGCGCUCCGCAAGAUGAAGGCCAUGACCCCCCCCCCCCCCCAUCCACCAGGCGACGCCGAUGACGUUCGAGCACUACCAAAGGAUCCUGCCGGCGAUUCCCAACGAACGGGAUGCCGUGAUGUUUUGAGUGGCGUGGCUCACGGCGAGUCGCUGGGCGGUUGUGGAGAUGCUACCCGCCGCGGCAUUCAAGGACCACAUGGUGGAUCCGAUGGCACUCAUCGUCGAUUUCUCGUUCCACACGUAGACCUUCAAGGUGGACCCCGACAGGCAGGGCAGGUACGUCACGAUCACCAACCCCAGAUGCCGCGAUCAUUCGUCAGGCGCUGGCGAAGUUGCCCGACAAGAAUUCUCCAGUGGCCACGAUGUCUACCCAGCGGAUGUGCAGUUUCCUGA